AUGGUAUGUCCGCACGCCGACUCCUCCUACUUCGCCAGCUCCGGCCAGGCCUCCAAAGCCGACAUUUACGAACAGCUUCUCGAACAAGCAAAGGGCCUUGUAACAGGACAACGCAACUGGGUACACCUCCCUAGCCAUCCAACCCUCCAACCCCCCCCCCACAAACCAUCACAUCUAACCCACAUCCAACCCAGCAACCUCUCCAACAUCGCCUCCCUCCUCUGGCACGCCUACGCCGCCCUCCCACCCCCCUCCUCCUCCGUCAACUGGGCCGGUUUCUACAUCCGCCAGGACAAAUUCCCCCAGCCCGCCUCUACGACCUCAUCCUCAACAACAGAGCCCCCCGAAAACCUCCUCCUCCUCCUCCUGGGUCCCUUCCAAGGCCGCCCCGCGUGCCAGGAAAUCCGCUUCGGGCGCGGCGUGUGCGGCGCCGCGGCCGAACAGCGCCAGACCGUGCUCGUGCCGGACGUGCACGCGUUCCCGGGCCAUAUUGCGUGUGACGCGAGCAGUCGCAGUGAGAUCGUGGUGCCGGUUUUGGUGGGUGGGGAGACGGUUGCGAUCAUCGAUGUGGAUUGUACGGAGCCGAGUGGGUUUGAUGAGGUCGAUCGGAAGUAUUUGGAGGAGUUGGCGGCCCUGUUGGCGGAGUGUUGUGAUUGGUAA